AUGGCAGAGAAGAACUUCACCUUGGUGACUGAAUUCCUCCUGAUCGCAUUCACUGACUGUCCUGAAAGGGCACUGCCUCUCUUCCUCCUGUUUCUAUUUAUCUAUCUCACCACCCUUUGGGGGAACUUGGGCAUGAUUAUCCUGAUCCGCGUGGAUCUCCGGCUCCACACCCCAAUGUACUUCCUUCUGAGUCACCUCUCGUUCAUGGACAUCUGCUACUCAUCCGUCACCGUGCCUCAGAUGAUGGCCGUGUUGCUGGAGCAUGGGGUGGCUCUAUCCUACACACGCUGUGUCACCCAGUUCUUCCUCUUCACCUUCUUCGGCUCCAUUGACUGCUACCUCCUGGCCCUCAUGGCGUAUGACCGCUACCUGGCCGUGUGCCGACCCCUGCUCUACGUCACCAUCAUGACGCAGAAGGCCCGGUUGGGUUUUGUGGGUGGGGCUUACGUCGCGGGUGUCUUCAGCGCCUUGGUUCGCACGGUCUCAGCUUUCACGCUCUCCUUCUGUGGAACCAAUGAGAUCGACUUCAUUUUCUGUGACCUCCCUCCCCUCUUAAAGCUGACCUGUGGGGACAGCUACACUCAGGAAGUGGUAAUUAUUGUGUUUGCCAUUUUUGUCAUCCCGGCCUGCAUGGUGGUGAUUUUAGUGUCCUACUUGCUUAUCAUCCUGGCUAUUUUGAGGAUCCCCUCCGUGGGAGGCAGGGCCAAGACCUUCUCUACCUGUGCCUCCCACCUCACCUCCGUGUCACUCUUCUUUGGGACCCUCAUCUUCAUGUAUCUGAGAGAUAAAUCCGGCCAGUCCACUGAGGAAGAUCGGGUGGUGUCUGUGUUUUACACCGCAGUGAUCCCCAUGUUGAACCCCCUCAUCUACAGCCUGAGGAACAAAGAAGUGAAGGAGGCCCUGAAGAAAGCUCUUAACAGAGCCAGGCUGUCCUAG